AGAUGACUGUGCAAGUGGCUAAUUUUACAAAGCCUACUUCUGAUCUGACUUCGUAUCGGCAGAUACGGAAUUAUCGGUCACUGUAUCAAGAGCCCUACUCUCACCACCAGAUUCAUUUUGCUGGCAAUUCUUGAAGCAUUUUAAUUUGGCUGAGCUCUCUAGCUUGAAUUCCAAUUUUAAGCCUUACGCAUUUUCGUUCAAAGGGAUCAAGAAGCAGUCCAGGGUCGUCCAAUCUUAGUUUUUAUGUUUCGCAGUUUUAAGUUGCUGUUAUUUGAAAACAGAGAAGGAGGAUGGCGGGAGCAGACAAUGCAGAGGCAAUUAUCAUUAGAAUAGAACACAAAUCUCGCAAGAUCGAAAGCUUACUAAAACAGUAUAAACCAGUAGAGGCUCUUAAAACUUCCCUUGAAGGCUCACCUCCCAAGACUCAAGACGAGCGGUGCAAGUCAGCAAAUUGGAUAGUGGUUCAUAGAGCAAUUAUGGCUAUAAAAGAUGUGGAUGGCAUGUUCUCUUCUUUGGAUCCUGAGUACUAUGAUAUUCUCAUGAAGUACCUUUAUAGGGGUUUGUCUACAGGAGAUCGCCCCACUUGUGAUCAAUGCCUACGGAUACAUGCUAAGCUGACAGAAAGAGCUGGUUUGGGAUGCAUACUCCGCUGCCUUGCAGACACAGUGAAUACGGUUUGAUCUUCAUUACUCCUAAAACAAAUACUUCUAAGGAUUCACCUGUCCAUGUUUUUAUUCAUAAAUGUAUGACCAAGUGUAGGUUAUAGGUUCACCAUUGUAGUUGUGAAAUUUUCACAUGCACUCUGUGCAGAAGCUGUCAAUUUUUUGUUCAAAAUAUUGUUUUCCAUUUGAAAGUUAUGUUUCAUA